UGAUAUUGUAAUGAAUAUUAUACACGGUAUAAGGCCAAAAAUUGUGACAGGAACUCCAUUAGAAUAUAAAAAUUUAAUGAAAGAAUGUUGGAAUGCUGAUCCAUUAAAAAGACCUGACGCUUAUGCACUUGAGAAAAGAAUGGAAAGAAUUAAUAUAGAUUAUCAAAAUAUGUCAGAUGAAUUAUUCAAAUCAGAAAUAGAUGAUAUAGAAAUGAAUAAAGUAGGAGAAAAUUAUACGAGUAGCAGAUUAUUUACAAGUAAAAUUUACAACUUUGAAAAUCUACCUGAACCAAGAAAUGCAACAGAAGAAGAACAAGAAGCGUUUCAUAGUAAAUUGUAUGAUUUUAACAUUCCUAACAAUAGUAAAGAUAGUAAUAAAAAAUUAUCUAAAUUAUUUAAAAAGUUGCAAAUAAAUUCAAUUGGUAAGAAUAAUGAUGAAAAAGAAAUAACUCAACAACAAAUAAAAAGACAAAGUAUUAAUGUUGAUGAUUAUGAUGAUGAAGUAUAUAAUAAUCCAAAUUUUCAUUCAAAAGAACAAGAUGAACUGGAAAUUCCUGAUGAUGGAUUUUAAAUUUUUUUUUU